GAGGGCGAAGAAGGGGAGGAAGGCAGCAUGACCGUGGUGGGAGGCGGCGGCGGCGGGGACCCUUUGCUGGAGGAGCCCCAGCAUCCUCCUGCGCUGCUCGGGGGGGACCGCUACGAUCAGCCCCCGGCGCCGGCCGUGCCCGCCGGGCAGCCCGCGGGCAGCGGGGAGCACGAGUGCUGCGAGCGCGUGGUCAUCAACAUCUCGGGGCUGCGCUUCGAGACCCAGCUCAAGACCCUGGCGCAGUUCCCCGAGACGCUGCUGGGGGACCCCCGGAAGAGGAUGCGCUACUUCGACCCCCUCCGCAAUGAGUAUUUUUUCGACCGUAACCGUCCCAGCUUCGACGCCAUCCUCUACUACUACCAGUCGGGCGGGCGCAUCCGGCGUCCCGUCAACGUCCCCAUCGACAUCUUCUCCGAGGAGAUCCGCUUCUACCAGCUGGGGGAGGAGGCCAUGGAGAAGUUUCGGGAGGAUGAGGGUUUCAUUCGGGAGGAGCAGCGGCCACUUCCUGAGAAGGAGUUUCAGCGCCAGGUGUGGCUCCUCUUCGAGUACCCCGAGAGCUCUGGGCCGGCCCGAGGCAUUGCCAUUGUCUCUGUCCUGGUCAUCCUUAUCUCCAUUGUCAUCUUCUGUCUGGAGACCCUGCCCGAAUUCAGGGAUGACCACGACUAUGAGGGAACCGGGGGGACCUUCGGGACAGGGGGUGGCCCUCUCCCACCUGACGUCUUCACCAACUCCUCAUCCUCGGCUGCUUCCAUGGUGUCAUCCUUCACUGACCCUUUCUUUGUGGUGGAGACUUUGUGCAUCAUCUGGUUCUCCUUUGAGCUGCUGGUCCGUUUCUUUGCCUGCCCCAGCAAGGCCACCUUCUCCAAGAACAUCAUGAACAUCAUUGACAUCGUGGCCAUCAUCCCCUACUUCAUCACGCUGGGCACGGAGCUGGCUGAGCGGCAAGGCAAUGGCCAGCAAGCCAUGUCCUUGGCCAUCCUCAGAGUCAUCCGCCUCGUCAGGGUCUUCCGCAUCUUCAAGCUCUCCCGGCACUCCAAGGGGCUGCAGAUCCUGGGACAGACCCUCAAGGCCAGCAUGCGGGAGCUGGGCUUGCUCAUCUUCUUCCUCUUCAUCGGCGUCAUCCUCUUCUCCAGCGCCGUUUACUUCGCGGAGGCCGAUGACCCCAGCUCGGGGUUCAGUAGCAUCCCCGAUGCCUUCUGGUGGGCCGUGGUCACCAUGACCACCGUGGGCUAUGGGGACAUGCACCCCAUCACCAUUGGAGGCAAGAUCGUGGGGUCUCUGUGCGCCAUCGCGGGGGUGCUGACCAUCGCCCUGCCCGUGCCCGUCAUCGUCUCCAAUUUCAACUAUUUCUACCACCGGGAGACGGAAGGUGAGGAACAAGCCCAGUACAUGCACGUCGGGAGCUGCCAGCACCUCUCGUCCAGCGAGGAGAUGAAGAAGGCUCGCAGCAAUUCCACCCUCAGCAAGUCCGAGUACAUGGUGAUCGAGGAAGGGGGGAUCAAUCACAGUGCAUUCAAACAGGCUGCCUUUAAAGCAGGCAACUGCACAACCACAAACAAUCCCAACUGUGUGAACAUCAAAAAGAUCUUUACGGAUGUUUAAAACAAACCCAAACCAAACAAACAGCAACAAAAUCUGAGGACGCGGUAAAACGAUACCAAUAAUAAUACCAAUAAUAAUGCAAAGUGACUGUGUGUCGGUGUUGUGUGGAACAUGCACCAUCGUCGGUCUGUGUGUGCCCUCGUUUUUAUACUUUUAUUUUUUUAGAUCCUUCCUUUCUAAAGAUCCAAAAGUAAAAGGAUUUAAAAUUCUCUGGAGAAGAGGACAGCUAAAGGGUAAAGAGAAGGAAGAUGAAGACAAACCACACUCACUGUUAAAACAGGUGUUUGUUCUGCAACGUGUUGCAGGGCUGCUUUGCUUUUUGGGCUUUUGGGGAACCUCUUGCUUUGCUCCCGAAUUCCCCCCCUUUCCCUAAGGGCAGUGUGUAGCCGAUCUCCCUUCCAUCACAUGAAGUAAUUUAUUGGAUUAACCAACCUGGACUGGGUGGAGGAAUGAGGAAAACAUGAGGCAGAGCGUACUGGGAGGGGGCUGGGAGGAAAUAACCAUUUAAUUCUGCAGAGAGUCUCUGUUACCACAUCGUUAAAUGAUGCUUAAUAUUGAAACAUGUGAUGUGCCAUUAUGGGCACAUCCCAGAUUCCCUUUUUCUCCCCAUUAGAUAAUUUAUGAAAUUCUAAUCUGGUCAGAGACCGAGUGCAAUCAAUACUGGUUUAAAUAGAAAAAGAAUCCCCUAAGCCUUCGUUUUCUAUUCUGGAUUCCCUUCCCCUGUAACCUGACGGAAUUAUUUCCUCCAAUGUCAAGUUUGUGGCGGUGCAGCAGGGAUGUGUGCAGGGGGAGGGAGAGGAGUCGCAGACUGGAAUGUUUUUGGGAGCAGGGAGUGGUGUCGACAUGGAGCAGGAUCCACGAUGGGCCAUGGCUGGGAGCCUCCGACCCACCCAGCUGGAGACAAAGGGAUAUUUCCUCCUCUUUUUGCAAUGCCUUUGGAAGAGAUGCAGCCGCUUAUCACCAGAAGAUUAAAGUGGUGAACACGCCUUCCAGCGGAAGUCACUAAUUCCGACCGGAGUGAUGCAGUUGCCAUGGUGACCAUGGUUUCCUGGGAAACCCCCAAAGGUUGUCAUGGCAUCCCUUCUCCCAUCCCCCUUGGUCCUUGCUCUUCCCGCAAAAAGCCUUUCCAGAUGGUUCCAGCUCCUCCAUCGUGGCUCUGCACCCCCUUCCUGGUUCCAGUCCCGCUGCUCCUCCCGUGUACCCAACAAAGCAUCCACAGGCAAUAAACACCCCCAGAUCCACCUGUUCCUCACCUUGGCAGAGGAACCUGGGGAUGGAGGUUCAUCCUGCUCCACCGAGAACAACCCCAAAGCCAGUGGGAGCUGGCACCGAGCAGCUGCCGGGAAGCUUGGCCGGGGAACCUCGGCAGCUUUGUGAAACAAGGGGGACAGUAAAAAACAGGAUUGAAAAAUAACCAAAAAUCCCGCCGGGGAAAAUUCAUCUUCACACGUGCGCCAGGGGCCGUGGGACAUCUGAUGGGAUCAGGUGAGCUUUGCACGGGGGACAGUUCAAUGGAGUCAUAAUGUUCUGGUUCUUUUGGACAAACUCCAUGCUUCCCACUGCUUACUUUUAUUAUUACUUUCAUUCCAGCUUAUCCUGCCACUCUCUGGUAUUUUUAUACAUGUGAGAUAAAGUGGGAUCACAUCCUGUAGCUCCUCUGAUUGUAUUUGCUUUUUAGUGCUGUGGGAGGAGGAAAACCCUGCUGCUCCUCUGCAGCUGGAUUGCUUCACUUCUUUGCUAAAAAGGUGAUUUCAGUGGUUUAGUGCUCCCAUCCAACCCCUGCCAUCGACACAAGCCAAAAGCAGCUUGGCCUCGAGAGCUUUGGCUUCAGCUCUGCUCAGUUUUGCUGGAUUUUGGGUUAAAAAAGGGAAAUUCCUUUGAGGUAGCACAUGGGACAGGGAUGCUGUUAAAUACCUACAGCAAAGAGAAAUUUAGCCCCAACCUGUGCAAGGUUUCCCAAGGUUCCUCCACACCAAGGCUGUGGAGAGAGGGCCUCGUCCUGAGAGAUGCUGGCCAUGCCAAAAUUGGAGUUUAGUUGGGAUUUUUCCGAGACUCAGAAGUAUUUGGAUGGUUUGUAGCACCUUCCCUUAGCCACAGUCAAUAAACCCAAGAAAAACAUCAGAGCCCCUCCUUGGCUGCUGGGUGCGAUGGUUUUAUUGGAGCUACCAGGAUUUUCAUCAGCUGAGGGUGCAAGAGAAUGAUCUUUAUUAGGUAGAUGCUCUGGAACUUCAUGGGAAGUUACAAACCUGAGAUCCCUUGUCCAGGAGAACCGGGAUUCCUUGUGUGGGAUAACUGGGAACACCUCAGUUUGCCUUUUCCCCAGGCUGCCAGUGGGCCAAAAUGUCAUUUCUGCCUAUGAGCUCUCCCUUUUUAUUGUUAUUAAGUUUUACUGUUAUUAAAUUUUAUUGUUAUUAAA